GUCCUCUGCGUCCCUCCCACUGAAUUGCGGGACCGAGCCGAGCGGGCCAGGCUAGGCUGGCGACGCUGCCGGCCGCCAGGCUGGCAAGGGCCGCGGGCGCCGGGCUCGGGGCUCCAGAAGCCGCCGAUGGGAAGCGACGCUCCAAAGGGCGAGAGACGACGCCGCGGCCACCGAUAACGCCGCGGCCACCAUGGGGAACAAGCAGACCAUCUUCACUGAAGAGCAGCUGGACAACUACCAGGACUGCACUUUCUUCAAUAAGAAGGACAUCCUCAAGCUCCAUGCGCGGUUCUAUGAGCUGGCCCCCAACCUCGUCCCAAUGGACUACAGGAAGAGUCCCAUCGUCCAUGUGCCCAUGAGCCUCAUCAUACAGAUGCCGGAGCUCCGGAAUCCCUUCAAGGAGAGGAUUGUGGAGGCUUUCUCUGAGGAUGGCGAGGGGAACCUCACCUUCAAUGACUUUGUGGACAUGUUCUCUGUGCUCUGUGAGUCGGCACCCCGAGAGCUCAAGGCAAAUUAUGCCUUCAAGAUCUAUGACUUCAACACUGACAAUUUCAUCUGUAAAGAAGACUUAGAGCUGACGCUGGCCCGACUCACUAAGUCAGAGCUGGAUGAGGAUGAGGUAGUGCUUGUAUGUGACAAGGUCAUUGAGGAAGCUGACCUGGAUGGUGAUGGCAAGCUGGGCUUCGCUGACUUUGAGGACAUGAUCGCCAAGGCCCCUGAUUUUCUCAGCACUUUCCACAUCCGAAUCUGAGGAUGCUGCCAAGGCUGCAGGGGCCUGGAAGUCCACCUUCUGGCCUGCUGUCUGUGCAGGUACGGUUUCCAAGCACUUCAGGAAAGGAGCUGUAGCCUCUGGGGUUCUCACCCAUGGACAUUUCCUGUGGCCCUUUCAGCAAAAAAAAAAACAAAACAAAACAAAAAAAACAAAUAAAAAACUUAAGAGCAAUGAGGUUGUGAAGAGCAGGACCCUUCCCGGGGUCCCCAGUGGUUCAGCCACAAGACCAAUGGUCCCCCUGUGGGCCCUCUCAACCACCCCCUUGCCCAGUCCUUUUCUCACCCAGCAGUGUCUCCUAGGAGGGGAGGUGGGAAAGCCAGCAGGAGGGGUGGGGCUGGGUUAUCCAUAUGCCAGGCAGACACCCCGUACCCAGGGCUAAGGGCAAAAACCAAGCAAAACGAAACAACAAACAAAAGAAGCAGAGACUGGGGUUUUAACAAGCUAUGCAAUCUUUUACUAAAGCCAAGACUGGGCUGCACCCUCCCCCAAUGCCUCCCCUGCCCUCUACUUUCCCAAUGUGAAGCUGUGUGAGCAGUGGGUCCAAAGGGCUCUGCCCCCGUGUCCCUCCCCAAUGACAUGGUGUCACUGGUGUGUGCUGACCUCAGAUUUGUGAAUUCCUAGGAAUAAAACACUUUUGUGUCCUGCA